CAUACUGUCUCUCUCUCUCUUUUUUAUAUAUAGCUUUUUAAAAACUUUACCUUUUCUCUUCUUAAAACCAAUCGUCAUCUUUUCUUUUUUUUUUUUUCCUGCAACUUUCAUGGCGGUUUUACCUACCUGCUCUUCUAACUUGGAGUUGACAAUAUCAGUUCCUGGCUUCUCUUCUUCCCCUUUUCUUCCUUCUUCUGGUGAUCAAGUGGGUUCAACGGUGAGAGAUUUGGAUAUAAACCAAGUACCAUCAGGAGGAGCAGAAGAUGAGUGGAUCACAGCAAGCAUGGAAGAUGAAGAAGAAAGCUACAAUGGAGCCCCUCCUCGCAAAAAACUUCGUCUAACAAAAGAACAGUCUCGCCUUCUUGAAGAAAGUUUCAGACAAAACCAUACCCUAAACCCUAAACAGAAAGAAGCAUUGGCUUUGCAGCUGAAUCUUAGGCCAAGGCAGGUUGAAGUUUGGUUCCAGAACCGUAGGGCCAGGAGCAAGUUGAAGCAGACAGAGAUGGAGUGUGAGUACCUGAAGAGAUGGUUCGGAUCACUGACCGAACAGAACCGAAGGCUUCAAAGGGAGGUGGAGGAGCUUAGGGCCAUGAAGGUAGGGCCGCCAACAGUGAUUUCGCCUCAUAGCUGUGAACCUCUCCCUGCAUCAACACUUACAAUGUGCCCUCGGUGUGAGCGUGUCACCACCACUGCCCUUGACAAAGGCCCCGCAAAAAUGAACUCCGCCACUGCCACUGCCACUGCCACCACAUUGUCCUCUAACGUUGCAACAUCAGCCCUCCAAUCAAGGCCAUCUUCGGCGGCUUGUUAGUCAGGCUUAAUGACCCCAGUUUAAGAAGUUAAUUUAAAAAGCAAAUGAUUUAGGGAAUGUUCAUAUUAGUUUACACACAAUUGUAUGGGAUAGAUACUAAAUAUUGGUAUCUAAUCUACAUAGGGAUUUUACGUGG